UCCAGUUUUGUGCAUUUCAACCACAGCGUCUGUGGCUUCACUUGUGGCGUUUUAUCGUUUGAAACAUGGGGAGCAUGGUGGAGAUGUUACUGUGGGCCUGGAUUAUUCUGGACUCGGGGGGGUAUUCAGUCUCACUGCUAGAAAUCACUGAUGAGAAGUUUAUUGAUGAAUGUGUGAAGGAACAUAACUGGGCACGAUCAUCUGUCAAGCCACCUUCAAGUGACAUGCUGUACAUGACAUGGGAUGAAGGCUUGGCCAUUACUUCGAGAGCAUGGGCAAGACACUGUGUGUUUGAACACAACAUCUACCUCAAAGAGGUCCGCCGCGUGCACCCUACCUUCCCUUCAGUAGGAGAGAACAUAUGGGUAGGCUCCCCACCAUCAUCAUUUAACGUGAAGGCGGCCAUAAAAAGUUGGGUGGAUGAAAAACAACACUAUGACUACAAAAGCCAGACAUGUAACAAAGUCUGUGGCCACUACACACAGGUUGUGUGGGCAAGCAGCUACAAAGUUGGGUGUGCCGCUCAACUGUGCAAAAAUGGUGUCAGGAACUUUCAUGAUGGAGAGAGCGUUAUUUUUGUAUGCAACUAUGCUAGAGCGGGUAAUGUGAACGGAAGGCGACCAUAUGAAACUCAGGGGGCAGCCUGCUCUGGAUGUAAAGACACCUGUGAGGAGAAUCUCUGCCGUAACCAAGAACGAGAUACACAGAAAAGCUACAACUGGACCCCAGACUGGGAUCCAGUUACUGGGAGCCCGGCUACUUCGGACUCCAACUACGUGUCUAUUCUGGUCGCCCGUCCCAUCGGCAUAAUCUUCACCUUCAUCACAGCAUAUGCAGUCCACCACUUUUACCCCGAUGUCUUCUUUUAUGAAUAGACUGUGAUGACCUGAAGGACAUGUACUUAUUCAGUCAGUAUUAUGAUAAAGAUUCAAGUUUAAUUCAACCUUUUUUUUUUUUUGUCUAUAGACAGCUUUCAGGUCCCAGCAGAGCCGUACAUAAACUGUGAAAAAGUACACACAUCCUGUUUGUAAAGCCACAAGUGACACAGCAGUUUUAAACCAUCAGACAGAUGGUGAGAGAAAACUCAAGGGAACAAAAUGUCCACUGAGAUUGUCAUUUUACUGCUGUGGCGUACAAGUUAAAGCUGCACAAGUCAUUUUUUUAAUAUAUAAAUUAAAAUCAAAGUCAAAUUACAAACAUUAAAUGUAAAAGCAGUUACUCAUGGUGAUGAACCCACAACUCUGCAGUUUCCCCUAGCUCUACGGAGCGUUUAGCACAUUUCAGCAAAUUGUCUUGGUUUUAUGGCUGACAGUGUUACGGUUCUGGUUCAGUCAGGAUUUUAUAAAUGUUUAUAAAAACUGUAUACCUAAAUACCACACUGACGUAGGUAUUCAGACUCAUUAUACAGUACUUAAUUAAAGCACCUUUAGUGGCAAUUAC